AUGGAGCCCUGGCCGUCGAUCCCCAAACGCCAUCCCUACCACACGUGUCCUUUUGCCCGUGACCACCUGUCACGUCCGGAGCUGCGGCCUCGCCCUGCAAAGAGCUCCCCAGCGAACGCUUCCGGCGCCACGAAAGGCAGAGUGAGCAUCGAAGCUGCAGAAACCAGAGCCAUCAAAACCUGCGGAAAAAGGCAGUACCGUGCCGACGCCGCCGGCACGGGACCCCUCCUGCCGGCCGCCACCCGCGCGGCGGUGGCGGAGUUCGUCGCCACGGGCAUUUUCGUGUUCGCCGCCGAGGGCUCCGUCUACGGCCUCUGGAAGCUGUACAAGGACACGGGGAUGCCGGGCGGCCUGGUCGCGGUGGCAAUCGCGCACGCGCUGGCGCUGGCCGCCGCGGUGGCGGUGGCGAGCAACGCGUCGGACGGGCACGUCAACCCGGCCGUCACGUUCGGCGUGCUCGUGGGCCGCCGCAUCUCUUUCGGGCGCGCCGUCGUCUACUACUGGGCCGCGAAGCUGCUCGGCGCCGUGGCCGCCGCGUUCCUUCUCAUGCUCGUCUCCGGAGGCACGCGCCCCAUGGGCUUCGGGCUCGGCCAGGGCGUCCACGAGCGGCACGCGCUCCUGCUCGAGGCCGUCAUGACGUUCGGCCUCGUGUACGCCGUGUACGCUACCGCGGUGGACCACCGGAGCCGCGUCGGCUUCGUCCUGGGGGCGAACAUCCUCGCCGGCGGCCCGUUCGACGGCGCGGCGAUGAACCCGGCGCUCGUCGGAUGGAGCUGGCGCCACCAUUGGGUCUACUGGGUCGGGCCGCUGAUCGGCGCCGGGCUGGCUGGUGCGCUGUACGAGUUCGUCAUGGUUGAGCAGCCGCCGUCUGAGGCGCCGGCAGCUGCUGCAGGUCCUCGGAUGCUCGUGGCCGCGGCUGAGGAUUAAUGAUUUGUUUCCAGCGUUUGUAUAUUUGUUGUACGUGACUUGCUUGUGUAUCUAUCUACUAGGACCGAGCUGCUUCAGAGGCUCAUCAGAGUACUAAAAGCUAGGGAAGUUAUUAUUUUGAAGUUAUCAGAAGGCAAUAU